GAUCCGCUCAAAAAGCAUAAAGAAGAGAGAGAAAGUGAAAGAAGUAGAGAGAGAGAAAGAACCGUUUGAGAAUUUUGGAGACGUUAUCGGACUUCAAAUCCACAAUUCGCCGCAAUUUGGGAACCGCGGUCGCGUCCGGAGCCUUCCUUUGUUAGGCUUUCGUUCCUCUUUCUUCGAUUUCGCUUUCGAAUUUUUAGUUCGCGAUGGUGGCGUGAGGUUGAGGUCCAAUUCGAAGGUUCGGGUUUCUGAGGAGCGCGGGAUUCGACUGUGGUGGCGAUGUUUACGCCGCAGAGAGUGUGGCCGGGUUGGUCCCUGACGCCGAACAAGAGCGGGGCUCGGGGCGUAACCGGGUCGGGUUCGGAUUCGGGUCCAAAUUCGGGAGAUGGAGCGGAGGGGAAAGGUGUCGCCGUUGUUGAGAAUGGAGGCAACUUGGAUCGCGAGGUUUUGAUUGAGAGAGUUUCAAGCCUCGAGAAUGAGCUUUAUGAGUACCAAUUCAAUAUGGGACUUCUCUUGAUUGAGAAAAAAGAGUGGAAUUCUAAGUAUACUGAACUAAGUCAAGAUUUAGUAGAAGUGAAGGAUGCUCUAGAGCGAGAAAAAGCUGCUCAUUUAAUUGCUCUAUCUGAGGCAGAGAAGCGAGAAGAGAAUCUGAGGAAGGCCUUGGGUGUUGAGAAAGAGUGA